AUGUUGGUCCAAGACCGCUCUACCCCAAAACCCUCCAAACCCGAGCAACCCUUUCUCACAGCAAGUCACUUCCCUCAGUCCAAAAUCUUCACUUUCCCCAAAUGGGUCUCCUUUAAUCUGUUCAAGAUCACAACCAUUUCAUUCCUAACCCUCACCAUUGCUGCCCUCUUCUUCCUCUACCAUGCCAAUGACUCUCCCUCCACCUUCCUCUGUUUCAACAAAUCCCACCUCAAGAUCCCCAAACCCAUUGAAUUCCCCAAACUUAGCUUCAAGUCAAUCAAACCCAUUUCAGAUAAGUCCUCCAAUUACGCUUCUUUCGGAUCAGAUAGAUGGGUUGUGGUCUCUGUUUCGGAUUAUCCUUCUGAUUCACUUCGAAAACUGGUCAAACUCAAGGGCUGGCAAGUCCUUGCAAUUGGGAAUUCAAGGACCCCAGUGGAUUGGAGUCUCAAGGGAGUGAUAUAUUUGUCAAUGGAUGACCAGGCCAAAUUGGAUUUUCGAGUUUUGGACUACCUUCCUUAUGAUUCUUAUGUAAGGAAGACUGUUGGGUACCUUUUCGCUAUCCAACACGGUGCGAAAAUGAUAUAUGACGCUGAUGAUCGUGGCGAUGUGAUUGAUGGUGAUCUUGGUGAGCACUUUGAUCUGAAAUUGUCAAAUGUGGAUGUAAUGCAGGAGAAACUUUUGCAGUAUAGUAAUGAAAAUCCGAAUAGAACAGUUGUGAAUCCAUACAUUCAUUUCGGGCAACGGUCAAUUUGGCCUAGGGGAUUGCCUUUAGAAAAUGUAGGUGAAGUUGGGCAUGAGGAUUUCUAUAGUGAAGUAUUUGGAGGAUUGCAGUACAUUCAACAAGGUAUAUCUAAUGGCUUACCAGAUGUUGAUUCAGUUUUCUACUUCACAAGGAGGUCAGGUUUGGAAGCAUUUGACAUAAGGUUUGAUGAGCAUGCUCCAAAAGUUGCUUUACCACAAGGUAUGAUGGUGCCACUGAAUUCUUUUAAUACAUUGUUUCAUUCUAAUGCAUUUUGGUCUUUGAUGCUUCCUGUUUCGGUUAGUAGAAUGGCUUCUGAUGUAUUGAGGGGUUAUUGGGCACAAAGACUUUUGUGGGAGAUUGGUGGUUAUGUUGUUGUUUAUCCUUCAACUAUUUAUAGAUAUGAUAACAUUGAGUCAUACCCAUUUACGGAAGAGAAGGAUCUUCACAUAAAUGUGGGUCGAUUAAUUAAGUUCUUGGUUACUUGGAGAUCUACUAAGAUUAAUUUAUUUGAGAAAAUUUUGGAAUUGAGUUAUUUGAUGGCGAAAGAAGGGUUUUGGACUGAGAAGGAGGUGAAGUUCACUGCAGCUUGGCUUCAAGACCUGGUUGCUGUCGGGUAUAUUCAGCCAAAGCAGAAGGCCAUAAAGUUGGAUCAGCCGAGAACAGCCAUUGGUCUUGCAGACCGGAAGGAAUUUAUUCCCCAAAAACUACCAUCUGUGCAUCUUGGGGUUAAGGAAUCAGAGACAGUAAAUUAUGAGAUAGGGAAUUUGAUUCGCUGGAGGAAGUUUUUUGGCAAUGUUGUUUUGAUCAUGUUUGUCGGUGGGCCAGUGGAGCGGACUGUGUUGGAGUGGAGAUUGCUUUAUGGCAGGGUAUUUAAAAGUGUGGUGCUUUUGUCGGACGGUGCUAAAACAGAUUUAGCUGUGGAGCAAGCUACUCUGGACCAAGUAUAUAAGUAUCUCCCCAAAAUAUUUGAUAGGUUUACCAGUGCGGAAGGGUUCUUGUUCCUGCAGGACAAUACCAUUCUCAACUACUGGAAUUUACUGCAAGCAGACAAGACUAAGCUGUGGAUCACUGACAAGGUUCCUCAGUCUUGGACUACAGCCUCUAUCUAUGGUAAAGACUCCGAAUGGUUUUCAAAACAAGCAGACAUGGUAAAGAAAGUUGUCAGCACUAUGCCAGUUCAUUUACAGGUCAGUUACAAGGAGAGUAGCACAAGGGAGCAGGGUCUCAGUAUAUGCAGCUCUGAGGUAGCAGUUCCCCUGUUUUUCAUGGCAAUGGAUUUACCUCAUAAAUAUGACUCUGUGCUCAAUACAAUGAUUUAUAAGCCAGAGACAUCAUCCAGCAACUCUUCAAACAUUUAUUCUGCUAAAGCCCCAGCCGUACACCCAUGGACCGUUUCCAGUGAGUCAGAUUUCAUCGAACUUAUAAGAUUCAUGGCAACAGGUAAGGGGAAAGGAUGUCAUGCAGUUUGUUCAGAGCCACCACGACAAUGGGCAGUCCUGUGGCCAGCUCCCCCCCCUUCCAUUCCUGCCAUCGAAUUAGAGGUGGAUUUACACCGCGAGCAAAUUCUAGAGGUCCAGCAAAACCUUUCCUCUCUCCAGGUUUCCUUUGGCAAGGCUCUUGAGAACCUUACCCAGCAACAAUCCUCCUUCCAACAAACCCUUUUAGACGCUGUUCAUCGCCUCCCACCCUCAUCCCAACCCCUCCCUCCCAUCACCACCGCACCCCCCAUCUCCUUCGGCUCCGUUCGUCCCCCACCUUCCCAUCACUCACCACAGACCACAGCCACGGCUUCUCCACACACCCCAAAAAUCGACCUUUACCGUUUUACUGGAAAGGACCCCUACGCUUGGCUGACCACUGCGGAGCGCUACUUAGACCUCCAUGAGAUCCCUCCCCAUUUACAUGUUAAAGUUGCUGCCGUACACUUGAUUGAUGACGCCGCCCUAUGGAUGCGAUGGUUUGAGACCCGUUUUCCAAAUCCAUCUUGGACCUCAUUUUCCGAAGCCUUACUGGCUCACUUCGGUUAUGGUGACCCCUUGGACUUUAACUCCGCUCUCUCCCACAUCCAACAGAUUGGCACUCUCGACGAAUACAACGCCGAAUUUACAAAACUUUCGUGCCGCGCCCUUGACUGGUCUGACGACCAACUUAAAGGCGUUUAUGUGGGCGGCUUAACCACUGAGCUUCGUGAUAACGUUCUGAUUCACCAUCCGGCGAAUCUGAAUGCAGCCAAACGAUUGGCCCGAGCCUUUGAUAAUCGUCGGAAGUCGACACGCAUCCAGUUUCGACCAUUUUCUCCGCGUUUCUCUCCAGGAGCAAGCUCUCGCCCUCCCGGAUUGCCACCAGCUUCGACAACGCCAUCUGUUACCUCGGGACAACCACCCAUUCGUAGGCUCUCUCAGGCCGAGGUCCAGGACCGGCGUGAAAAAAAUCUCUGCUUCAACUGUGAUGAACCUUUCCGGGCCGGUCAUCGCUGCAAACGACCUCAACUCCUCAUGAUUGAUGCGGAUUGGGACGUUUUUGAUGACUCCUUCGAGGAAGCCAUUACCUACGAAGUCGUACAUGGCACACCCACGAUUACCCCUGGCAACGAGGAGUCUGAACCUUCUCUGACCAUCCAUGCGCUCACAGGUUCUCCGUGUACACGCACAAUGCGCCUUCAAGGCUCCAUUGGCAAAAUGGGCCUCACGGUUUUUAUAGACACCGGCUCCACCCAUAAUCUAUUAAACCCACAUAUUGCCAAACGAUUGGGCCUCACUAUUGACUCUUCUCAACCCCCCAAGCGAAUCCAGGUUGCCAAUAAUGAUAUCAUUGAGACCAAGGGCUUCAUUUCUCAGGUCCAGAUCUUAGCUCAGGAACGACUGGGCGUUCUUGCUCAAUUGGUCUCUGUUGCAGACUCUGCAACUUCUAAUUCACCCCCUGCCUCAGUUCAACCUCUCUUAUCACAGUUCGCUGAUCUCUUCACUACUCCGACAGGCCUUCCUCCUCAACGCAGAAUUGACCAUCGCAUUCCCUUGAUGCACGGUACUCAACCGGUGAACGUACGCCCAUAUCGCUAUCCCCAUUUUCAAAAAACUGAAAUUGAAGCUUUGGUAAGAGAAAUGCUCCGGGCUGGCGUUGUACAACCCAGUUGCAGCCCUUAUUCCUCCCCUGUACUGCUUGUAAAAAAAAAGGAUGGAUCAUGGCGUCUUUGUGUAGAUUAUCGCGCUUUGAAUCAUGCCACUAUUAAGGAUCGGUUUCCGAUUCCCGUCGUGGAUGAACUUUUGGAUGAGCUUCAUGGUGCUACAGUCUUCUCUAAAUUGGAUAUGCGAUCGGGUUAUCACCAAAUCCGUAUGCAUUCAGAUGACGUUCAAAAGACUGCAUUUCGCACACACGAGGGCCAUUACGAAUUCCUCGUCAUGCCUUUCGGCCUCUCCAACGCCCCGUCGACUUUUCAAUCCUUGAUGAACAAUAUUUUUCGGCCGUUUCUUCGCAAAUUUGUCCUGGUAUUUUUUGACGACAUCCUCAUUUACAGCACCUCAUUGACUGAUCAUUUGACACAUUUAACUGCAGUCUUCUCUGUCUUGCGUGAUCAUGGCCUAAAAUUGAAGCUUUCCAAGUGUGACUUUGCUCAACCCUCCAUGAGCUACUUAGGCCACGUCCUCUCUGCUGCAGGUGUCGCAGUCGACCCCAAAAAGAUCCAUUGCAUUCAAGAGUGGCCCCAACCCAAGACCCUCAAAGCGCUGCGCGGCUUCCUUGGCAUCACAGGUUACUAUCGGAAGUUUGUCCGUCAUUAUGGUCUUCUAGCCAAACCUCUAACAGAUAUGUUGAAGCAUGAUAGUUUCUCCUGGACUCCAAGUUCUACCCACGCAUUCACAGCCCUCAAACAGGCCCUGGCCACAACUCCAGUCCUUGCUCUGCCCGAUUUCACACAACCUUUUGUUUUGGAAUGCGAUGCUUCUAACACAGGCAUUGGUGCUGUACUGUCCCAAAACCAUCACCCCAUCGCUUACCUCAGCAAGCCCCUUUCCUUGCGUCAUCAAUCCUUGUCCACAUACGAAAAAGAAAUGAUGGCCAUCCUUUUUGCGGUGGAGAAAUGGCGGCCGUACCUCAUCGGUUCCCACUUCAAAAUCAUCACCGAUCACCAAACCUUGCGACACCUUCACGAUCAACGCAUUACAACACCUGCACAACACAAAUGGCUCGCCAAGCUGCUGGGUUACAACUAUACACUUGAAUAUCGGGCUGGAAGUUUGAAUAAAGCCGCCGACGCUCUGUCUCGUCAGUCCGAAGAUGUUGCCCUUCUUGCUACCUCUGCCCCAAUAUUUGAUGGCAUCAUUGACAUUCAAGCCCUUUAUACGUCUGAUCCUGAUACGAUUACCAUUUUAAAUGCUCUCAGUACCAACACAAAGGUGCCCGUUGGCUUCUCUUUUCAGAAUCAACUCUUGUUAUACCGGGAUCGCAUCUUUGUACCACGUACGUCCAACUGGCGCCUUAAGAUUCUCACAGAGUUUCACUCCUCCCCUGUGGCAGGCCACUCCGGGUUUCUACGCACUUACAAACGUAUUACUCGUUCAUUUUUGUGGCCUGGAAUUAAGAGAGAUGUCAAACUCUUUGUUGCCUCGUGUGAUAUCUGCCAGAGAAACAACUAUGAAGCGAUCCGACCUCCUGGUCUCUUACAGCCUCUUCCGGUUCCUCAAGGUGUAUGGCAGGACAUUUCCCUUGAUUUUGUUGAAGGCCUCCCAAAGUCUGCUGGCAAGAAUGCUUUAUUAGUUGUUGUGGAUCGACUAACAAAGUAUGGCCAUUUUAUCCCUUUGACGCACCCGUUUACAGCUGCAAAAAUUUCUGACAUAUUCAUCAAGGAGAUUUUUCGGCUCCAUGGCAUGCCAAAAACUAUUGUCAGUGAUCGUGAUCCCGUGUUCAUUUCCAAUUUUUGGGACUCCUUCUUCACAGCUCAGGGAACGCAACUCUGCCGCAGUUCUUCCUACCACCCACAGAGUGAUGGUCAGACUGAAGUUCUUAAUCGCACAGUGGAACAUUACUUACGUUGUUUUGUCGACGACAAACCCUCCACUUGGGUCCAUUGGCUCCCAUGGGCGGAAUGGUGGUACAACACCACAUUCCAAGCUGCCAUCAAGAUGAGUCCUUACCAAGCUCUCUACGGUGUUCCCCCUCCAUCUGUUCCCCAGUACCUUCAGGACACAAGCUUGGUUCAAGCAGUGGACCAGACCUUGCGACAGCGCGACCAGCUCCUCGCUUCCCUUCGCACCAACAUGCUCCAAGCUCAGAACCGCAUGAAGCUCUAUGCUGAUAGACACCGCACUGAACGUGAAUUCAAUGCUGGUGAUUGGGUUUAUUUGCGCAUUCAACCUUACCGACAGACCUCUCUUGCUGCCCCACAAAAUUUCAAGUUAUCCCCCAAAUACUAUGGACCAUAUCAGGUUGAAGCACGCAUUGGCAAAACUGCUUAUCGCCUACGCCUACCACCUUCCGCCAAAAUUCACCCUGUCUUUCAUGUCUCCCUUUUAAAGCUUAAACUGGGUCAGAACAUUCUUCCCUCCCCUGAUCUUCCACCUACAGUUGCUGGCAAUGAAUUCCAAUGGCUGCCUGAAUCAGUCCUUGACCGUCGUCUCAUCAAACAACACAAUUCUCCAGUUGUUCAAUGGCUUAUCAAAUGGGUUGGUCUACCACAGGCCGACGCCACCUGGGAAAUCGCAGAUGACAUACUGGCUCGUUUUCCCUCCUUUAUCGCAUGA